AUGGCUAACGCGGAGGCACUCGACAGAUGCCCUGCUGAUACGACGUCCAAUAUCAGUCCACUGGCAGAGAAACAACGUCCGAUUCACAGAUCUGUGCGGGCACUCGAACGCAACGCCGACGUCUUCGUAUGGUGGCCUACGAACACGCUCAUCGCAUGCUUCAACGCGCAGGUCACCCCAGUCACACCGGAGGUCCUACUUCGCUGGAUCGGUAUGCCAAUUGAUAUGAUUCGCAGCGGUGAGAUUAUCGUGAAGCGUGUCCGACUGGAACACCGCGCGGUUUUGAACUACGGCGUGCACCCGUUGGAAUUGAUUCAAGGCUCGGAAAACCUCUCCCCCGGUGUUUAUGGCUGUUACUUUCGAGACAUACCAGACCCGACAGACAUCCCCGAAGAUCUGAGACCUAUUUCGCCUGGAAUCCAUGUACGGACGUUCAAGCAGAUCCGGGACGAUCACGAGGGGCACGUUAGGGAAAACCCCUGGAUGUGGCCCUCAGACCAAAUCGAGCGAACCAACUCCAAAUUCUACACGAUUCCAGAUGCUCUUCGCAGUGGAGUCACUGUAGCACACGAUCGAUGCAUCUUCACCGGAUACCCGCGCAAGGCUACUGCGAGCGACACCUCCACGGAUCCCAUGAGUGCUGCCACCACCGGAGUCACCUCCGGCGCUGCCGCCGAAGACCCUGUGGAGCUUUACUGGAUUGUCCCAAAGAAGAUGGGCGGCGAGAACGGGACCAAGCAUCUCACCAAGGAAGAGUGGUGGUCAUCGAACAACAUCUUACCGAUGUGUUCCCGCGUACACGAGCUAUGGUUCACCAACGAGCUCAGCGUAGAUGCUAACGACGGAUACCGCAUCCGCACCUUCUCCGAGGCAGCGGCCAGCGUCAUGGCAGGCUUGCCUGGGCGGCUGGAUAACCCGAAUCCUGAAUGGGGCCUUUACUUCCGCCUACAUCUGCUGCACACGCGCUUGCUACGAUUCUGUGGCGGCGAUAUUCGUACGGAGUACGGAUAUCGCAGGAUGGCAGACUUGAGCGUCCUUAUAGCUAAAGCGGACGCGUUAGCAAGUCGCGAGGCUGCGAUAUGGAAAACUGAGAUGGGUAAGGACGCCUUGGAGUUGUUGGACGCGGGGAAACAGCUAGAUCUACCAAGCUCUGAUGACGAGGACGGGGCCUCAGACAGUGGAGAAGAGAUUUGA